UCGGAAAAGGACAUUCUCCCCCGGCACGCUGUGUUUGACUUCACUCCAGCUCCACCCCAGCCAGUCCCCGAAGAGUGAAAGGCGUCUUCGUCUCGACUUGCUUCCCCUCCGAGAGACCGACCUACCCAUCCAAUCCAUACACUUUCCUGCAAAGGGUAGGGGAUAGACAGGGAUUCUAAGGCUCCGCUCCACACCAAGAGUAGCGAAGAUCUCUGAUUUGAGAGAGGGAAGCAUCGAAUCAGCCGACAGGAGGAGGUCUCAGUCACCAACCCAGCAGCAGCCAUGAGUGCCAUGAAGUUUUGCCGUGAAUGCAACAACAUCUUGUAUCCCAAGGAGGACCGGGACCAGAAGGUGCUCCUCUUCGCCUGCAGGAACUGCGACCACCAGGAGGUUGCAGACAACAACUGUGUCUACCGCAACGUGGUGCACCACAGCGCUGGAGAGUUCACCCAGGUGCUCCAGGACGUCGCCGGCGACCCAACACUUCCCCGCACCAAGGAAGUCCGGUGCGCCGUCUGUGGUCACGGCGAAGCUGUCUUCUUCCAGGCCACCGCGAGAGGUGAGGAGGGGAUGACGCUCUUCUUCGUCUGCUGCAACCCGAGCUGCGGUCAUCGGUGGAGAGAAUGAUGUGUCCAUCACCCAACCGAUGACGGAUUUCACCGAUGCAACAGUCUGAGAGAGUUGUUUUUUCUUUCUUCCCAAGAGAUAUUUUCCCCAGUAGCAUGAAUUGGCUGUAUGUUUCAGAUGUAUUGAGGCGGCAUAUCAUUUUCAUAACUCCAUGAGGAAAAAACAACCGCGUCUACCGGGGUAAAAAUAUCCCUGUGGUCCAUUGCAUUAAUCAAAGGAUGCUACGAGGACAUUUUUCUCU